CCCGUGGGUUAGUUUUGGGAAAAGGGCGCCGCCGCCGCCUCUGUUCUUACCUAGCGCCGGCGCCCCAAGCGCCACCGCUGUCCCCGACCGCCGGCACCGCCACCAGCCCGGACCUCCACCCGACCACCCCCAUUCCCGUGUGCCCUUGUCCUCGUCGACACCAAGCGGAACCCCCGCCCCGAGCAUCAUUGUCGGCGCAGCCCCCGACGGUCGGCCCCAUUCCAGAGCGCCGUCGCCGCCGCCCCCGCCCCUGAGCGUCAUCGUUGGCGCCGCCGCGGCGUCCUUGACGGCUGGACCUGCUGUUCCAACUAGACCUGUGGUUUAUUGUUUGAAGGCCACAAAAAUUUUCAGCAAGAGUGGUGUCCCAGUUUUGAGAUUCCAAAGUCAUAAAUAUCUUGAAUUGAGGAAAAAGGUUAAAAUUUCCUGCUUUUACCAAUCUCAAGCAAUAGCCAUGUCUACCGAUGUUACCAACGUCAGUUCAAAGGGCAAUGUUCAGACAAGAUAUCAAGUUGUGGUUGCUGCUACUCGUGACAUGGGCAUUGGGAAGGACGGGGUACUGCCAUGGAAAGUGCCGAGUGACCUAAAAUUUUUUAAGGACAUUACAAUGACUACUUCAAAUCCUUCGAAGAAAAACGCUGUUGUAAUGGGAAGGAAAACAUGGGAAAGCAUACCCAUUCAGUUUAGACCUCUCCCUGGUCGUCUGAAUAUAAUAUUGACUCGCUCUGGGAGUUUUGAUUUUGCAACUGCAGAAAAUGUUGUUACCUGUGGAAGUUUGGAUUCUGCCUUAGAAUUGCUAUCAACAACUCCAUACUGUUCAACAGUCGAGAAGAUUUUUGUAAUAGGGGGUGGCGAGGUUCUGAGGCAAUCUCUAAAUGCGCCUGCUUGUGAGGCCAUUCAUCUUACCGACAUAGAGUCCAGCGUUGAAUGUGAUACUUUCAUUCCUCCAAUUGAUCUCUCUGUAUUCCACCCAUGGUAUUCAUCAUAUCCAGUGGUUGAAAAUAGCAUAAGACAUUCAUUCAUUACCUUUGUUCGUGUUACAAAAUCAAUUGCAGAAGCUAAUGAUUCAAGUGGCAAGGAAUUGACUGGAAAUGAUUCUAAGAAGAAUAAGUUUGAAAUUGAGAAUUUUUCAUUUUUACCUAAAGUGAUAUUUGAAAGGCAUGAGGAGUAUCAAUAUCUCAAUCUUGUUCAAGACAUAAUAAGAAAUGGUGCCAAGAAAAAUGACAGAACAGGGACAGGGACAAUAUCAAAAUUUGGUUGCCAGAUGCGGUUCAACUUAAGGAGGAGCUUUCCAUUGCUCACAACAAAGAGGGUAUUUUGGCGUGGUGUUCUUGAAGAACUAUUGUGGUUCAUCAGUGGCUCAACAAAUGCAAAGGUUUUACAGGAGAAAGGUAUUCACAUAUGGGAUGGCAAUGCUUCAAGGCAGUAUCUUGACAGUAUUGGUUUAUCACAAAGGGAAGUGGGAGACUUGGGACCAGUUUAUGGAUUUCAGUGGAGACAUUUUGGUGCGGAAUAUAUUGACAUGCAUGCUGACUACACGGGAAAAGGUUUUGAUCAGUUAAUGGACGUCAUUAACAAGAUCAAGAACAAUCCCGAUGAUAGAAGAAUCAUUUUAUCUGCAUGGAAUCCAACAGAUCUGAACAAGAUGGCGCUGCCACCAUGCCACAUGUUUGCACAGUUUUAUGUUGAGAAUGGGGAGUUAUCAUGCCAGAUGUAUCAACGCUCUGCUGACAUGGGGCUUGGUGUACCAUUCAACAUCGCAUCAUAUUCUCUUCUGACCUGUAUGAUUGCACAAGUGUGUGAUCUUACUCCUGGAGAUUUUGUCCAUGUCAUAGGCGAUGCUCAUGUUUACCGUACACAUGUUCAAGCAUUAGAAGAACAAAUGCAGAAGCAGCCUAAACCGUUCCCUAUUUUGAAGAUAAAUCCUCUGAAGAAAGAUAUUGAUUCAUUUGUCACAUCAGACUUCAAACUGGUUCGCUAUGACCCUCACCAGAAGAUAGAAAUGAAGAUGGCAGUCUGAGACUGAGUAGGUCGCUUCUAGCAUUUUGAUUAGCAUAUGAUCUUUCUCUUGUGCCAAAGAGCAAAUGUUUUGUUUUGUUGCCGACAUAUGUUGUAUAUUUGAUGGUAAACUGAUGUUUUACUGGAUCAGUUGGUAUCCAUACUAGUGGUACCGGUGGGUGAUGAAUUCACCACCCCACGGCAACUUCAUGUUUGAAAGAAAUUGACAAUAUAAGAUUAGAGUGCCCACGUGUUAAUCUGCACAUCAACUAUCUACUUUUUGUGGGAAAAUUUAUAAAUUUCAUUUUCAAAUAUA